CUCCCCUCUCUCAAAAGGGCUUUUAUUUUUCUUUCUUUUGCAAUUCAAUUCCAAUCUCUCUCUCUCUCUCGGGUGUGAAGAAGCUUAUAGUCACAGAGUCCGUAGAUACAAUACGAACCUGUUCUUCUUCGAUCACAUAAUACAAAUAUAUCCUUAUAUAUAUCGAUAAUUUAUAUGUGUGUCUCUGUAUAUAUAGUAGCCUAGGGUUAGGGUUUUGAAUUUGAUCCAUGGAGGAGGGUGGGGAAACCAGGAACGUGGGCGAACCGUUGCCACAGGAGCACGAACCUUCAACCAUGGAAGAGAAGGCAUUGGAAACCCUAGAGGUUACUGACACCGGGCAAUGCGAGUCUGCUGCCGUGUUAGGUGAUUCACAUGUUCUGGGUGACAAAUCGAUGGCUGAGGUCAAAGAUGAUGAAGCGGUGGCGGAGGAGAAGGUUUCCGACGAGGGAACUGGAAUGCAGACGGAGGCUGGGGACCGUGUGUUGGUCCCCGAGAUGGGUAAUCUCCCACCGGUUGGUGAUAAGUCGGUGAUUACGGCCGAGGCGGAUAUUAACGAAGGCGGCGUGGAGAAGUAUGUCUCGGAGUUGGAUGAUUCGCAUCUCGUCGGGGAUAAGGAUCCGAGUGUGGAUAGAGGCGGUGAAGCACUGGUGGAGAUUCCUACGGUAAGUGCUGAAAUUGUAGGAGGGCACGAGGAAAGUGGUUUGGGGAAGGUAAUAUCCGAGUUGGAUGAUACGAAAAUAUUUGGGGCUAAUUCACAGGUUGAUAUGGAUUGCGGUGAAGCAUUGAUGAAGGGAGAGAAUUUAGCGGUUGACACUGAUGUGGAGAUGAAGUGCCAGGCGGAGGGGGUGGAAGGCGCUGAAUCAAAGUCUGUGUCUGGCUUGGAUGAAUUGCCGCCUGAAGGCGUUGAAGCACCAGCCAUGGAUAUGUUGGUGGUAGAGGAGGAGAUUCAAAGGGCGGAUACUGGAAUGGAGAUGGGAAAUGAAAUUGGGUCGGUAAAAAAUGAAGUGCGGGCAUUUGAUUCUGAAUUGGAGCAGACGGGACUACUUGGUGCCGAUUCAUCAAUUGCUGCCGAGGAUGAAGAUGGAGAAGGCAUGGCAGAGGAGGGGGCUGGGAUGGAGGGCACCGAAAUAGAGACGAACACGGAGGUGGCAACUGAGAUGGGUGCAGGGUCAUCCUCUGCUCCACCAUUGGAUAAUUUACUUAUUGUUGGUGCUGGUUCACCUGUUGUGUCCAGAUAUGGCAACGAUGGUGAACAACUGCCAGCAGAGGAAGAUACUCCAUUGGCAGACACUGAGAUGGAGACUGAAACAGAUGUGGCGGAGAUGACAGAGGCAGAGAAAGGAGCUAGUGGUGGAAGCAAGCGCAAGAGAGGGAGGAGUUCUAAAGUUCCAGCUAAGGCUUCAGCUAGAAAGGCCACUGAAGAAGACGUCUGUUUCAUUUGCUUUGAUGGUGGAGACCUUGUGCUAUGUGAUCGCAGGGGAUGCCCGAAGGCAUAUCACCCUUCUUGUGUUAAUCGGGAUGAGGCAUUCUUUCGAGCUAAGGGUCGCUGGAACUGUGGUUGGCAUCUUUGCAGUAUCUGUGAGAAGAACGCCCACUAUAUGUGUUAUACAUGUACAUUUUCCUUGUGCAAGGCGUGCAUUAAAGAUGCUAUAAUAUUUUGUGUUAGAGGCAGCAAAGGAUUUUGUGAGGCUUGCAUGAAAACUGUGAUGUUGAUUGAAAACAAUGAGCAGGUGAACAAGGAGGAUCAAGUAGAUUUUGAUGACAAGACCAGCUGGAUGUAUCUUUUCAAGGAUUACUGGACAGAUUUGAAGGCGAAGUUAUCUCUAUCUUCAACUGAACUUGCCCAGGCUAAGAAUCCAUGGAAAGCAAUUGAUGCAUUUACUGGUAAAAGGGAUUCUCUUGAGGUGUUUGAUGCUAGCAAUGAUCAAGGCUCUGGUUCAGACAGUUCCGAGAAUCUUGAGGCAAGUAAACGUAAGAGAAAAAAGACCAAGAAAAGGUUGAAAUCUGUUGCUAAGGAAGAGCAUUUGCCAAGUUCAACUACAGCAAUUGCUGCUGAGGGGAGUUCUACACCUGGCAAUGCUGAAUGGGCAUCAAAAGAGCUUCUUGAGUUUGUUAUGCACAUGAAAAAUGGCGAUAAAUCUGUUUUAUCCCAGUUUGAUGUCCAGGCUCUAUUGCUGGAAUAUAUUAAAAGCAACAAACUUAGGGAUCCUCGUAGGAAAAGUCAAAUUAUUUGUGAUGCAAGGCUUCAGAAUCUCUUUGGAAAAGCUCGUGUGGGGCAUUUUGAAAUGUUAAAACUUCUUGAAUCUCAUUUCCUUAUUAAAGAGGAUUCUCAAAUAGAUGAUAUCCAAGGGUCUGUUGUGGAUACUGAAGUUAACGAGCUGGAUGCUGAUGGGACAAUAGAUGCUUCUAUGAGAGGGAGUAAAGAUAGGAAGCGUAGAACACGUAGGAAGAGUGAUGAAAGAGGACCCCAAUCUAAUCUUGAUGAUUAUGCUGCCAUUGAUAUGCACAACAUUAACUUAAUUUACUUGAGGAGAAAAUUGGUUGAGGAUUUACUUGAAGAUAUUGAUAUGUUCCAUGACAAGGUUGUUGGCACUUUUGUGAGAAUAAGGAUUUCUGGAAGCAAUCAGAAACAAGACAUAUAUAGGCUAGUCCAAGUUAUAGGGCUGAGCAAAGCAGCUGAACCAUAUAAAGUUGGUAAAAAGGCGACAGAUCUGGUGCUUGAAAUUUUAAAUUUGAAUAAAACAGAGACUGUGUUGAUCGACACAAUUUCAAACCAAGAGUUUACUGAGGAUGAAUGUAAGCGUUUACGACAGAGUAUAAAGUGUGGACUUAUCAACAGGCUGACUGUGGGUGAGAUUCUGGACAAGGCCAUGGAAAUCCAGGCAGCAAGAGUAAAUGAUUGGCUGGAAUCAGAGAUAGUGAGGUUUAGUCAUCUCCGAGAUCGAGCAAGUGAAAAAGGGCACAGAAAAGAACUUAGGGAAUGUGUAGAGAAACUGCAACUUCUGAAAACACCUGAAGAGCGCAGGCGUAGAUUAGAGGAAAUUCCAGAAAUUCAUGCAGACCCACAUAUGGAUCCCAGUUAUGAGUCUGAAGACAAUGACAGUGAAAUGGAGGAUAACAAACAAGAGAUUUACACUAGACAGAGAGGUUCUGGCUUUAGCAGGAAAGGGAGGGAGCCAGUCUCCCCCCAUAGAGGAAGUUUUCCUUCUGCAGAUUCCUGGGGGAGUACAAGGAAAAGUCCAGCCAAGAAUUGGGAAUCAAGCAGAAGCAUAUCUAGUAAAGAUUUCUUGAACAAAAGUGAAGAGGCUGCUGCUCUUAUUGGUGAGGUACCAUAUGAAAAUGCAUCAACUCCUGGAAGAGACAAAGGCACGCAGCAAUCUGACAACGUGGAGAGGGUGAACUUACUGCAGAACAGUCAUUCUUCUGUAAGAUCAGAAUCAUUCUCUGGUGCUGCAUUAGAAACUUCACAGGCAUCUCUAACUGCUGGGGCAGCGGAAACUGCUUCUGUUAAAGUGAGUGAAACAGAGAAGAUGUGGCAUUAUCAGGAUCCAUCUGGAAAAGUUCAAGGACCAUUUAGUAUUGUUCAGUUGCGCAAAUGGAAUAAUAACAGAUACUUCCCAGACAACCUGCGGAUUUGGCGAACCACUGAGCAGCAAGAUGAUUCUAUACUUUUGAGGGAUGCAUUAGCUGGAAGGUUUCAUAAAGAGGUGCCACUGAUGGAUAAUAAUUUCACAAAGGUUCAGACCAUGCAUGGUCCUCUUCUCUCGUCUGCAAAUGCCGGGAAAGCUUAUGGAGCAUCCUUACAACAAGGGAGGGAAGGUGAAGGUGGGGAGAGGUUGAACUUUGAUCAGAGUCACGGGGCCCAGUCUCUCUCUGAGCUUAGUUCAAGUGCCUUAGGCACUCUUUCAGUUGAGACCCCUAAACUUUCUGCUGAUAGAUGGAGUUCUGAUUAUAGUAGAAAUGAUUUGGCAAACCUUCCAUCUCCUACUCCAAAGCCAAGUACUCCAGGAUGGAUUGGAGGUCAGGUAUCUGAAAGUAAGUGGUCAUCCAAUUCUUUUCGUGGGCAGCAAGUGGGUUCUAUUCUGGGUGUCGAUUCAUUUAAAGGCGGCAGUGGGUCAAUGCAUUCUUCUACCAUUGUUGCUUCAGAUAGUCAUCAGUUCACUCCCCCACCAUCAUCUUCAAUUAACCAAAAUGGAAGCAAAGAACAUUUGGCAGUGGAAUCUUUGGGUGUUUCGCCACCUGCUUCAGCACUGACCACUGGCAGGCAGUUCUUGAGGAGUUAUGAAAACGAGUCUUCUAGUUCUCUUCCUUUGUCAAAUCCAGCUCCUAACCCUGAACAGGGAAUUCUUGUAGGCUCAAUGGCUGGUCAGGCAACUUCGCAAACAAUUGUGAGUGGUGAAUCUCAUGGAAUGCAACCUCCUGUUGAAACUCAGGGACGGGGAGCUGGGUUUGUUCAGAAACAAGAAAUUGUUGCACCUUCUCCAAUGGAAGUGAGUAAUCCCCAAGCCUGGAAUGGUGCUGCACCCCAACCUGCAGCUUUUGGUCAUUGGGGUGGUGUCCCAUCUACUGUCCAGAACCCUUCUGGCAACGUUUCCAAUCCUGGGUUUACAGCUUUUGCACAAUCUGAUCCUUGGAGGCCUCCAGUUGCAGUAAAUCAAACGAGCAUCCAGCCUGCAGCUCCACCUACUAUACCUUGGGUUCCUGUGCAAGGAAAUCCAAGCAUGGGUUGGGGAGGACCAGCACCUGGAACUGCAAAUAUGAAUUGGGGAGCUGCUGUUCAAGGGCCUGUUCCUGGAAUGUUUAAUCCAGCUUGGGUUGCAGCAACUGGAAAUCCUGGAGCUAUGGUUCAAGGACUGCCGCCUGGUAAUGCUAAUCUAGGAUGGGCGGCACAAACAGGUAAUCCUGGAGCCGCUGUUCCUGGGCCACCACCCAUGAAUGGGAAUCCUGGUUGGGUUAAUCCAACUGGGAACCCAGAAGCUAAUGUUCAAGGACCACCACUCGGAAACGUAAACCCAGUUUGGGGCACACAAACUGGAAAUCCGGCAACUAGUGUUCAAGGGCCAGCACCUGGCAAUGCGAAUCCAAACUGGGGAGCACCACCGGCAAAUUCGGGCAUGUGGGGAAAUGAGAAACACAAUGGGGAUAGAUUCUCUGGCCAAAGGCAUAGGGGCUCUCAGGGAAGACCUUCUGGUUUUGGCGGGGGCAGGCCUUGGAACAGGCAGCCUUCAUUUGGUAGCGGUGGACAGAACAUGAUAUGCAAAUUCCAUCAGAGUGGGCACUGUAAGAAGGGAGCUCACUGCGAUCACCCGCACUCGUGAACUUCUGGGCAUCUUGUAGCCGUGGGCAAACACAGAAUUCUGUACAGUAAUUUGUCUGUUAGGCAGUUUUGAGCUUUUUCUUGCUAUAGAUUUGAUGCUUUUUAUCAUUGUAAAACCUGUGCAGGCUAGUAGCACAAUCAUUUUACCUUAUUGGCAAUGCUGCUCCUGGCUACAUAUUUAUUUCCUUGUGUUCUCUUGUGGGGGAUCUCUGAAGAGGCUGGAAGAUCCAGCCUAGUUGAUGGGUGGAUGAGAACAGUAUGCUGCUCCAAAAUUUUGUGUAUGGGUCUGGUGCCUUGAAAAUGUUUAAUUUUGUCUUGUAGAAAUUCAAUAGUUAAAAGUUGCAGUGACUAUGCCUUGUUGGUCAGAAGGGGCAGCAUACACACAAUUUAUGCAGUUGAUAGUGUUUGUCAA